ACCACGUCCACGUGUGCUCAAUCGAUAAAGAAUAUUUUCUCUGUUGUGCUAAUUCGGCUUUUGGGUUUCCAAAACGUUGGCUUUUCUCAUCCAAUCAUCAACUUCUCACUGAUUCAUUCAUUCUUGAGUUUUCAACCCCAUUUCCAAGUUGUUGAUAUUUAGAUAUAAAACAGUUGACAAUCAGGAACAUAGGUCUCUGCUGCUAUGUCUUCGCCUUUUCUAGCUCCUACUUCUCCUUUCAUCGACAAGUACACCGAAUUGUCGAGUUCAUCUUCAUCCCCUUCCAUAGCUACCAGUGAUAUGCAUGCCUCGGCUCUAGCACAUGUUCAAUGUUCUCAAAAUCCCCCAUUCAUUUCACAGUCAUCAAGGGGUUUAGCAUCUUUGCCACCAGUCGAUUCUUCUUUUCUGCAGUCCACAGCUCCGCUUAAUCACACACAGGGAAAUAAGGAUGUUUCAUGGACUUUAGACCAGCUAAAAAAAUUUCUUGAUUUGCCUGAAAAUGCUGUUCCUGCUCCAAAUCGGCUGGUGGAAAUCGGCGCUGGUGUCAUCGCAUCUGAGGACCACAAGAAAACUGAUUGGCACGAAUGGGGGGAUGAUUUUAUCAAUGUUCCGGAUCCUGACUGGAGUAAGAUUCUCGAUGAUACCAAUGUCUCAGACCCCAAACUGAAGGUGUCGAAGCAACUGCCUCAGUUUCAUCAGAAUCAACCUGCACCACAUGGAGAAUUUUCGAGCAAUGCUUACCCAUCAUCCACUGCUCCUCCAGCAAAGCCCCGUAUGCGCUGGACACCUGAGCUUCAUGAGGCUUUUCUCGAAGCUGUUGAUCAACUGGGUGGCAGCGAACGAGCUACUCCAAAAGGCAUCUUAAAGCUAAUGAAUGUAGAAGGCUUGACAAUAUAUCAUGUUAAAAGUCAUCUGCAGAAAUAUAGAACCGCCAGAUACAUGCCAGAAUCAUCAGAAGGAACAUCAGAAAGAAAAGUUACUUCAAUUGAAGAAAUGAAAUCAAUAGACUUGAAGAUGAGUAUAGGAAUUACCGAAGCACUUCGGAUGCAGAUGGAAGUCCAGAAGCAGCUCCAUGAACAACUUGAGAUUCAGAGAAAUUUGCAGCUGCGAAUCGAGGAACAGGGAAGGUACCUGCAAAUGAUGUUCGAGAAACAAAAAAAGGUCGAAAAUGAAAAAGGUGCGUCGUCCUCUUCUGCCUUGGAUGACACUCCGGCACCAUUAUCAGGCUCAAAUCAUCCGCCUUCCAACAAUGAUAAAUCAGAUUCAGAAGCUUUAGAGCAAGAUCACUCAAGAACUGGGAUUGAUCCAGGAAAUGCUAGUCAUAGAAAUGGAAAAAGCUCGAAGGCAUCGGAAACAGAACUGACUGUCCAUGUAGAGAAGAACGAUGACGAGUCCGGUUUCCCGGUUUUGAAACGAGCCAGAACCGAGCAUUAUUUCCAGAAUCAUCUUCAGUCAAAGUCGAAAGUACAAGUGGAUGCUGAUGUUUAUGGAGAUUCAUCACCCAAAAAGCCCUUCCCCAAUGUAGAAGACGAUGAUCAGCACGAUAAUCUUGCUUCACCUCACGAAACUGCUGAAGCAAGAGUCAUUGCAACCUUCACCACAAACAUUACAAGAUAUGUUGUGGAUAAUGCUUUUCCCGAGUUGAAGAAGAUUGUGAGGAUGACAACCAUGCUUUAUAGCACGAGUUGGAAUAUCAUUUUAGCUUCCAGGAUCGAUAACAUCUAUAUGAUUUUGACCUUGUUAUUUUUUUGUAACAGGAGUAUAGGAAUUACCAAAGCACUUCGGAUGCAGAUGGAAGUCCAGAAGCAGCUCCAUGAACAACUUGAGAUUCAGAGAAAUUUGCAGCUUCGAAUUGAAGAACAAGGAAGGUAUCUGCAAAUGAUGUUCGAGAAACAAAAAAAGGUCGAAAACAAAAAAGGUGUAGCGCCCUCUUCUUCCUUGGAUGACGCUCCCACACCAGUACCAUGCUCAAAUCAUCCGCCUUGCAACAAUGAUAAAUCAGAUUCAAAAGCUUUAGAGCAAGAUCACUCAACAACUGGGAUUGAUCCAGGAAAUGCUAACAGUAAAAAUGAAAAAAGCACCGGAAACAGAAUCGUCUCUCCGUGUAGAGAAGAACGAUAA